AUGUCGAAAUUCAUUAGAAAUACAACCUCAAAGUAUAAAUUCGGUGCGCAUGUAUCCACUGCAGGUGGUGUUUCAAAUAGUGUAACCAAUGCGUUCAAUAUUGGUUGCAAUUCCUUUGCUUUGUUUUUGAAGUCGCCACGGAAAUGGGUCUCUCCACAAUAUACACAGGAUGAGAUUGAUAAGUUUAAAGAGCUGUGCGUUAAACAUAAUUAUAAUCCAUUGACUGACAUUUUGCCACAUGGUCAAUAUUUUAUCAACCUAGCCAACCCAGAGGUGGAGAAGGCAGAAAAGAGCUACGAUUCACUCAUUGACGAUCUGAAAAGAGCUGAACAGCUUGGUAUUGGUCUGUACAAUUUGCAUCCGGGUUCGUCGCUAAAGGGAGAUCACACUGUGCAAUUGAAGCAAUUGGCCGAUUAUCUUAAUAAAGCCAUCAAAGAAACAAAAUUUGUUAAGAUUGUGCUUGAGAAUAUGGCAGGUACCGGUAACUUAGUUGGAAGUGAUCUACAUGAUUUGAGAACCGUAAUUGAUAUGAUAGAAGAUCAAUCAAGAAUAGGUGUCUGUAUCGAUACAUGCCAUACUUUUGCUGCCGGUUACGAUAUCAGCAACAAGGAGAGCUUUGAUGAAUUUUGGAAAAUGUUUGACGAUGUAGUUGGUUACAAAUAUCUCAGCUCCAUCCAUUUGAAUGAUUCAAAAGCUCCUUUAGGUGCAAACAGAGAUCUCCACGAGAAAAUCGGUGAAGGUUUUCUUGGGUUAGAGGUUUUCAGAUUAAUCGCACACAACGAAAACUUACGUGGUAUUCCAGUUGUCCUGGAGACACCCCAAGAUGACGAUACUGGUUAUGGACAUGAAAUUGAUACUUUAGAAUGGUUAGAGACCAUAGACGACGAAAAUAACAAAGAAUUGGUUGCCAAAAAUAUAAAGUUACAAAGCCAAGGCGAAAAAGUACGUAAAGAACAAGCUGUUAAGUUUAAAGUCAAACAAGCAAGGGCAACAAAAUCACCAAAAAAAAGAACACUGGUAAAAGAUGAGGUAAAGUCAGCGAACAGUAUCACUUCUCAAUUGACCAAAAAAAGAAGAACCACCAAGAAAUAA